GCCUGUCAUCCAAAUAGGUUAGGUUGGCAUAAAGUGCUUUAACUUCAGUAUUAUCGGUAGUUAAGUUACCCAGUUAAAAAUGACCGAAGAAAUAAGUAAAACGUUAGAAAACACCCAUGUGGAGGGCGAAGAAGAUGUGGUCGAUCCAUGGAACGUCGUGAGUAACUCCGAAACAGGAGUGGAUUACGAUAAACUAAUUAAAAGGUUUGGCUCCUCCAAAAUCGACGAAGAACUGUUGGCACGUUUUCAGAAAGUCACAGGAAAACCUGUACAUCAUUAUCUAAGGAGAGGAAUAUUCUUCUCACACCGAGACAUGCACACAAUAUUGAAUUUAGUUGAAGCUGGGAAACCUUUUUACUUAUAUACUGGUAGAGGACCUUCUUCCUCAUCCAUGCAUUUAGGGCACUUGAUACCAUUCACUUUGUGUAAAUGGUUGCAGGAAGUUUUCAAUGUUCCAUUAGUGAUACAAAUGACUGAUGAUGAGAAAACCCUGUGGAAAGAUUUAACUAUUGAGGAGGCUAACCGAUUGGGUUAUGAAAAUGCCAAAGAUAUUAUUGCAGUUGGAUUUGAUCCUGAGAAAACAUUUAUAUUCUCAGAUUUAGAUUACAUUGGAGAGGAAAAGGAGUUUUAUCGGAACAUGAUAAGAAUACAAAAGUGUGUUACCUUUAAUCAAGUAAAAGGUAUUUUCGGAUUUGAUGACAGCACUGUGAUUGGAAAAAUUGCAUUUCCAGCCGUACAGGCUACGCCCGCCUUUUCAACAUCCUUCCCUAGCAUAUUUAAGAACAAUAAAUUGCAUUGCCUUAUUCCUUGUGCUAUUGAUCAAGACCCUUACUUCAGAAUGACAAGAGAUGUAGCCCCAAGAUUGGGAUUUCCAAAACCAGCACUGCUACAUUCCAGUUUUUUCCCAGCUUUACAAGGAGCAAAAACCAAGAUGUCAGCAUCUGACGCCAAUUCCACCAUUUACAUGAGUGAUACGCCAAAGCAGCUCAAGAAUAAGGUGAACAAACAUGCAUUUUCUGGUGGACAGACUACAAUAGAGGAGCACAGAAGGAUAGGCGGUAACUGCGAUGUAGACAUUUCCUUCCAGUAUUUGACAUUCUUCCUGGAAGAUGAUGAGAAACUCGAACAAAUUCGACAAGAUUAUUCCAGCGGUAAACUUUUAACUGGGGAACUGAAGAAGAUUCUUAUAGAGACGCUCACACCUGUGGUUACAGAGCAUCAAAGAAAGAGGGCGGAGAUCACCGACGAAGUCUUGAAACUAUUCAUGACACCGAGAAAACUUAACUAUGAUCCUAAGUGAUGAUUUUUUUUCAUAUUUAUUUUAUUUAUUUGUUUUGUUAAUAAAUUGCUUAAGAUACA